UACAUAUAUAUACUUACAUCCUAAGAUAGAUCCAUCAUCUCAUAUAAUAAUCCAAGGCGGGCAGUGCAGUGAACACAGGAAGCUAGGUGUAGUUGUGAAGAUUCAUCAGGAGGAGGAGCAAGAAGUUGUUGAUUGAUUCAGGAGGAAGAAGAAGAAGAUUAGUGAAGAAGAUGUAUCCUUACCGAUUCAGCAACGUGAUGAUCGGGUACCUGAACCUGGCGACGCUGCUGGCGUCGAUCCCGGUGAUCGGCGCGGGGCUGUGGAUGGCGAAGGGGUCGACGGCGACGUGCUCGUCGAUGCUGCAGACGCCGCUGCUGGUGAUCGGCUUCGUGGUGCUCCUGGUGUCGCUGGCGGGCUUCGUGGGCGCCUGCUUCCACGUGGCGUGGGCGCUGUGGCUGUACCUCCUCGCCAUGAUGCUCCUCAUCGCCUUCCUCCUGGGGCUCACCGCGUUCGGCUUCGCCGUGACCGCCGGCGGCGGCGGCACCCAGGUGCCCGGCCGGCCGUACCGGGAGUACCACACUUCCGACUACUCCUCGUGGCUGCAGAAGCACAUCCAGGACGCCAAGUACUGGCGCCCCGCGCUGGCCUGCGUCGUCGGCUCCAAGGCCUGCCCCAAGAUCGCCUCCUGGACCCCCAUGGAUUACCUCCAGCACGAUCUCACCCCAAUCCAGUCGGGGUGCUGCAAGCCGCCGACGGCGUGCGCGUACAGCGGCGGGGUGGCGGUGGGGGCGCAGGAGGAGGACUGCUUCCGGUGGAACAACGCGGAGGGGAUACUGUGCUACGGGUGCGAGUCGUGCAAGGCCGGGGUGAUGGAGAAGGUGAGGGAGGACUGGCACAAGGUGUCGGUGCUGAACGUGAUGGUGCUGGUGGUGCUGGUGUGCAUCUGCGCCUGCGGCUGCUGCGCCUUCCGCAACGCCCGCCGCUCCGUCUCCGAGUACCCAUACGGGGUAAACCGCAUGCACAAGAUCCACCCGCGCUGGGACUACUACUGGUGGCGAUGGUGGCGUGACAGGAGAGAACAGCUCUACUAGGCUAGCUAUUUGUGUUCUACCCUUUGUAUGAUACUUUCAUCUUGCCCCCAGAAAUUGAAAUAGUUGAGAGUUGGGUUCAGUUCCUCAUCGUACUCUGAAAGUCUGAACUCUCUGGGUUUUUCCAUAUGUACAUCUAUACCUUCAGUGCAAAUAAGUAAGCUGCUGUAUAUAUUUGGGCAAAA